AUGCUACAAGAUAUUCCAUCGGAGCAAACUCCAAAAUCUCUUGACAACAAACAUUCGGAAAGAAGAGAAAAUCCGUCAAUAAAAAGGAAUUCUAAGAAAUCUCUUAAGGCACAAAAGGCAAACUUAGCGAGUCCAUAUAACACUGAGCUUACAGGUUUCAGUGGAAGCAACUCUUUAACCCCUCAAGCCUUUGCAUCAGAACACGGUCGUCCGAAUAUCACGAUUCAGUUUUCAGAAACAACUUCUCCGGCAAAUGCAUUGAGACUCACUCUGCCAUCGGUACAAAGCCCCUCUAAUUACACGGUGGUUCAGCCUAACUACGGCUCAGGUUUCACCGGUACAAGACCGUCAUAUAACGGCUUUCUAGUUAGAUAUGGCAACCAUGAAUCUGCCGGGAGAGGAGAUUCUUCUUCAAUGAACAACAAUUCUAGGAAUCCUGUCAAGUCUUCAAAGAGAAACCUUGAGUUUACUGGGACAAACGGGUGGCCAUCUUAA